AUGGUUGCCGAGCUUCGCUCUAUCUACCCGCCUGAAGGGAUGGGCAUUGCUAACGUCAACGGUGGCUCCUUCUACGACUGUCGCUUACCUUCGAAGCUGCUCUGGGGUCCAUUCGCUUCGGCCCGCGACUUCCACGAGGCGCUUGCGAACGGGACAGACACAGACAUUGUCGAUUGGGAGACGGCAGGCUGGUUCCUACCUUACUGGGAAUACACUUGUUGUGCAUGGCAUGUUAAUCCCUAUAAUACAUUUUGGCAGGAAGAGGUAGGUAAGUUUGUGGCACCGAUGCCACACGAGCUCAGAAUGGAAGGCAUCCGGCGUAAGUAUUUUGGCAUCUUCUGAAAUAAGAAGUUAAUUGGUCUCUACAACUCUGCUACAACCAAUAUUCAUCCCCCGGUGCUACAAUGGUAAGGUCCUUUAUACCUAUGGCAAUAGUUCUCUAUUCUCGAGUAUGUCCUAAGUUGGUGCUUUGGUCA